AUGGCGGAGCUGUAUGCCCAGUCGCGGGCGGAUCUUGAGGGGGGGAUGCGCAGCCUGUUCAACAAGCUGACGGGGGGCAGCGACCGGAUGGACUUCCAGCAGUUCCUGAAGAUGACCAACACGCGCAGCCGGUUCUACGCGGAGCGCCUGUUCGACGCGAUCGACGUGGACCACUCCAAGGACAUCUCGUUCGAGGAGUUCCUGAACGCGAUCCACACGCUGCAGACGCGCGACUCCAGCAAGCGCGUGGCCUUCAUCUUCAAGGUGUUCGACCAGGACGGGGACGGCCUGCUGAGCGAGGAGGAGCUGCGGGUGGUGCUCCACGCCAGUGUGGAGGAGAGCACGGCGGACCUGCCCCAGAGCGAGGUCGAGUCCCUCACGCAGAACCUGAUGCAGCUGUUCGACGCCCAGGACGGCAAGCUCACGCUGCCGGAGUUUGAGCGCGUCCUGACCACGUACCCCGACGUGCUGGAGGGCUUCUCCCUGGAGGGCGUCAUCACCGGCACGCGCAAGGAGCGCCAGUCCCGCCCCCCGCGCCCCAAGAAGAGCCGCUUCCCGCUGCUGCACUGGAUGGCCCACAACCCGCAGCUGACCUUCACCUACACGUUCUUCUACCUGGCCGUGCUGGCGUGCUUCUUCUGGCGCUUCAGCCGGUACGCCCACAAGUGCGAGGGCGUGAACUUGGGCCAGCCGGAUCCCAACACCUACCUGUCCAGAACCCAGGUGCGGGACGCCUGGAACGCCAUCAUGGAGGCGAGCCAGGCUGCGACCAACGACAGCUCGCAGAAUUUCCUUGCGCACCGCAUAUCCGUGGAGGACGCCAAGUACAUGUCCUUCAGCUCCAAGAUGACCAAGCAGGACCCCAUCGGCUGCCAGGACUCGCGCAAGCGCGUGCUCCUGAGCUGGACCCUGCCCGUGGCCAAGGGCUGCGGCCAGGCGAUGAAGUGCAUCUUCACGCUCAUCCUCUUCCCCGUGUCCCGCAACCUCAUGACCGCCCUGCGCACGACCUUCCUGCAGCACAUAUUCCGGUUCGACGACGCCAUCGAGUUCCACAAGGUGGUGGGCUACACUGGGUUCUUCUUUGCCUGGACGCACACCAUCUGCCACAUCGUCGACGUGGUGCGCUGGGUGCAGCGCCGCCGCUUCUCGCGCUGGUCCUGGGCCUUCCCGGACGAUGACCUCAACGACCCCGGCAGCGUCACGAACACGGAGAGCUUCAUCGACCUGAAGGCCCAGAUCGACGAGAUCCGCGAAAUCACGAAGAACAACGGCAGCAGCCUGGCGCUGCUGAACAACCUGGUGGUGAAGGCGGAGGAUGACGACGGCCCGCCGGGAUUCGUGGACGACGACGACGAGAACAUUCUUCGCCUGCCCGACGACCAGGCGCAGGAGAUCCUCACCAAGGCCAUGACCAGGGACGGGGACUUCGACGUCUACCAGACGACGGACCAGAUUCUGCAGAACGAGCAGAUUUUCAAGUCGGGCGUGCCGCGGUACCUGUUCAGGGACAGGUCGUCCCAGCCCACGGUGUGGGAGCUGCUUGGGAGUUGGUUCGGGGUCACCGGCGUCAUCCUCAUUGUCAUCUACACUAUCGCUGCCAUAUUCGCCUUCGACUACCCCAGGAAGUUGGCCAUGUUCAGGGAGAAGCCUGGCGAGCGGGGCAAGAAGGUGCCGGGCAUGCGCGGGAUGGUGCUCAGGCUGGGCCGCUUCCUCAACAACUUCAACAACUUCUGGUACACCCACCACCUGUUCGCCCUGUUCUACGUGGCGAUGCUGCUGCACCCGGUGCCGGACUCGCCAGGGGAGCGCUACGAGUGGAACGUGAGCGACGCCUACCUGUGGAUCAUGGUGCCCGUGCUGAUAUACCUGGGCGAGCGGAUCAACAGGGCGCUGGGGACCAGGCGCAACACCCGUGUGAUGGCCGCAGACCUGUUUCCGGGCAACGUGGUGGGACUGAAGGUCAUGAAGCCGCCGAGGUUCAGGUACAAGGCGGGCCAGUAUGUGUUCAUCCAGGUCCCUGAGAUCUCCUGGUUUGAGUGGCACCCCUUCACCAUGACAUCUUCCCCAGGCGACAACUUCAUCAGUGUCCACAUCCGUGCAGCAGGCGACUGGACCAGGGAGCUGCACAAGCGUACCCAGGAGUACCACAAGAGCAAGGGCGCCCAGAACAUCGAGGAUGGGCUGACGGCGAUCACGCGGGUGGCCAUAAGGCCUGUGGCCGGCGGGACCGAGUAUGUACAAGAGAGGUUCCCCUUCAGGGUGUUCGUGGAUGGGCCCUUUGGCGCCCCAGCACAGGACCACACCCAGUACUCAGUGAUGAUACUGGUGGGGGCAGGGAUUGGUGUGACGCCCAUGGCGUCUGUCUUGAACGACCUCCUGGACAAGAUGCGGCAGUACCGCUGCCAACGGUGUGGGGCCACCUCGGAUGCCUUCAAAGUCAAACAGGUGUAUUUCUACUGGACAGUCCGCCUGAGGAUGGAGUCCAUAUGGUUUAAGCACCUCCUGGAGGCUAUCUCUGAAGAGGACACAGACAACCUGCUGGAGAUCAACAUCCACGUCACCUCCAUCCGCAAGGCCAAUGACGUGCGCGUGAUGUUGCUGCGCCUCGCGCAGAAGGCCAAGGCUGACCAGGAGGGCGGGGACGCAGUGUCUACCCUCAAAACGCGUGCCAUCACUCACUUCGGGCGGCCCAACUGGGACGAGGUGUUCACCAACGUGAAGCGCACCCACCCCGAGGAGAGCAGCAUCGGCGUAUUCUACUGCGGGCCCAACCCUCUGGCCAAGGUGCUUGCUGCACAGGUCAAGAAGCACAGCGAUCAGCGGGUGACUUUCGACUUCAUGAAGGAAUCGUUCGGAUGA